CAAAUUUGACAGCGACAAAGCCACAAGCAAGCCAUCUCAAAUUAGUAAAUAAGAAAUUUAUUGUAUUUUCUUUAAAUAAGACUAUAUUUUGAUUAAAAUCCAAGGAUUUAGUUGUACAAUAUAAUUUAAUUGUGUUUUAAUAGAAGAAAAUGGACGACGUUGAAAAAUUAAGUUGUAAAGAGGAAAUAGUAGAUCUGAGUGACAUGGAGCAUUCUGCUAACGACGAGUCGAAGGAAUCUGAGGAGAAAUCUAAAAAAAGAAAAAGGCGACGCCGUGAAAUAGAUAUGAUAAAGUUAUCAGAUGAUGAUGAAACAGAUGAUGAAGUUUCUGGAAAGAAGAUGAUAAGAAGGUUAAGUCCAGUCCCCAAUUCACCAGCCUCGCAUAGAGAGCCUCGCACUUGUGUGUUAAAGGCCAGUCAGAAGCGUCGUCCCCUAUCCCGUCUGCUGGAGCAGCUGCUGCGGAACUUGGAAAAGCGAGACCCACACCAGUUCUUUGCAUGGCCGGUUAAUGACAACUUUGCCCCUGGAUACUCCUCCAUCAUAAGGCGGCCUAUGGACUUCUCUACUAUUAAACAGAAGAUAGAUGACAAUGAGUACAAGUCACUCAAUUGUUUUAUUAGUGACUUCAAGUUGAUGUGCAACAAUGCAAUGAAGUACAACAAGCCGGGCACGGUGUACCACAAGGCGGCGCGCCGGCUGCUGCACGCCGGCCUCAAGCAGCUCACGCCCCACAAGCUGCGCCCGCUCGGUGACAUCCUCACCUACAUGUACGAGAUACCCAUCCGAGAACUCGGCUUUGACAUCGGGAAAAUGGAUGUUCACAAGGUGCUGAAGCGGAGCAGCCCCAUCAAGAGCGGCGGGUCGGAGGCGGAGGUGGUGUCCGACGGCGGGCUGGACCGACCCGACGUCGACAGCGGCGACUGCGGGGACAGCCUGAAGAUACAGAUGGAGGCGGCCAGGGAGCAGCACCGCAAGCGACUCGCUAAGAAAGCAUUUCCGCGCAUGGACGGCGAGGGUAAGACGACGCUGUGCCUGGUGACGAGCACUGUGGAAGGCGGCGGGGGAGGUGGCGGCGGGGAGGAGCGGCCGCUCACACUGGCCCGGUACAUCGGCAAGCUGACACAGGGCACCGGCACACUGCACACUCCCCGCGAGGACCGGCGCAACCUCGCCAAGUGCGUGAAGCCGCUCAACUACGGCCCCUUCGGAUCAUACGCGCCCUCAUACGACGGCACAUUCGCCACACUCACCAAGGACGAGACGCACCUCGUCUACCACACGCUGCCGUACGAGAUGGGUCAAGGCAACGAGGAGCUGCUGCGGUUCGCGCCGGACUCGCCGUGGGCCGCCAUCUAUGACAUGGAGGCCAUGUUCCCCGACCGCAAGGUGCUGCCCGACCCCGCCCCCGCCCCCGCCUCCGCCCCCGCACCUGACGACAACGAUCUGUCGAAGGUGAAGGUGGACGUGGAGGAGCUGCGCAGCCUGGCGGCGCUGGGCAUCGACGUGGACUUCCUCGCGGACAUAGAGGAGGAGCUGGCGGCCGCGCAGCACGACUACGGCAUCUCCGCCGCGCUCCGACACACGCACCACCUCAUAGUGAAGCUGGAGAAGGAGCAGCGGGAGAGACUGUCGCAGCCGCCGCCGUGGCACCUGUCGCUGUGCGCGCGUGCGGGCGCGGGCGAGCGUGCGGCUGCGCGUGCGCUGGCGGGCUGGCUGCGCGGCAUGGUGGCGCGCGUGCCGCCCCGACACGUCGCGCCCACACUCGCCAUCCGCAGGGCGCUCGGCGUCACACUCGAACAUCUCGACACGCCGCUGGCUGUGGACGACUUCGAGCUGGAGGUGGCGGAGGGACGGGAGGGACGCGACACCUCCGACCCGGAGUCGCGGCACUCCGCCUCCAGCCAGUAGAUAUAUACAUAGACAAUAUAUACUUCAAUGUUA